GUAUCAAAGUGUUUAACAUGUACCUUUGUAAUGAUUGCACGUGUAGUUAGUUGUGAGAAAUGGUGGAUCAUUUUUAAAGAGUCUGUAAGAAAUUAAUGCUGUUUAAGAGUCAGUGGUGAAGAUCAGAUUCUGUUUCAACUGUUCAGAUUCAUCAUGGAUGACACACAGACAUACAGAGAUGAUAAUGUUUCUCCCGGAUGCAGUUCAGUUCAUCAGAAGAGUUCAGAACCAGUCUCCAGCUGUGUGUCUAUGAGGAGUGACAGGUCUAUGAAUCAUCCAGUGCAUUUCAAGGGUGGAGAUACACAGACUGAUCUCAGUUCAGUUCAUCAGAAAGGAUCAGAACCAGUCUCCAGCUGUGUGUCUAUGAGGAGUGACAGGUCUAUGAAUCAUCCAGUACAUUUUAAGAGUGGAGAUACACAGACUGAUCUCAGUUUACAUCAAAAGAGAUCAGAACCAGAGCCCAGCUGUGUGUCUAUGAGGAGUGAAGGGUCUGUGGCUCAUCUAGUGCAUUUCAAGAGUGGUGAUACACAGACUGAUCUCAGCCAUGAAGUCCUCAACAAAUUUAGAUCAAAUCUGAAGAAGAAGUUUGUGUGUCUGUAUGAGGGAACAGCAAAGCAGGGAAACCCAACACUCCUGAAUGAGAUCUACACAGAGCUCUACAUCACAGAGAGUGAGAGUGGAGAGAUCAGUAAUGAGCACGAGGUGAGACAGAUUGAGACACAAUCCAGGAGAGCAGCAACAGAGGACACACCAAUCAAAUGCAGUGACAUCUUUAGAGCUUUACCUGGACAAGACAAAGCCAUCAGUACUGUGCUGACAAAGGGAGUCGCUGGCAUUGGAAAAACAGUCUCUGUGCAGAAGUUUAUCCUGGACUGGGCUGAAGGGAAAGAGAAUCAGGACGUCCAGCUCAUAUUUCCUCUUCCUUUCAGAGAGCUCAAUCUGAUGAGGGACAAAACACUCAGUCUUUCAGAUCUUCUUCAGGUCUUUUUCCCUGAAACAAAAGAAAUGGAAAUAUCCAGUGACAAAUACAAAGUUUUGUUCAUCUUUGAUGGUCUGGACGAGUGUCGUCUGUCUCUGGAUUUUCAGAGCGAUGUGAGGUUGUGUGAUGUAAGUGAAUCAGCCUCAGUGGACGUGCUGCUGACGAACCUCAUUGUGGGGAGUCUGCUUCCCUCUCAGAUCUCAGCCGCUGUUCUCGAGAAGAUGUUGAGUCAAGCAGAGAGUGGAGAGAUUCCCAAGACUCUCACUCAAAUGUACACACACUACCUGCUCCUUCAGAUCAACAUCAAACAUGAGAAGGACUAUGAGAAGAACGUGACGGAUGAAGACAUGAUCCUCAAACUGGGGAAACUGGCUUUUCAGCAACUUAUGAAAGGCAAUGUGAUCUUCUAUGAGGAAGACCUGAGAGAGUGUGGCAUUGAUGUGACAGAAGCAUCAGUGUACUCAGGAUUGUGCACUCAGAUCUUCAGAGAGGAGUUUGGCUUGUAUCAGGGGAAAGUCUUCUGCUUUGUUCAUCUGAGCAUUCAGGAACAUCUAGCAGCUCUGUAUGUGCACCUCUCCUGUACAAACCACAAUAUAAAUGUGUUUGAGCCAAUCACUAUACAGAGUUCGCUGUCUAAAAUUAAGAACUGGUUUCAACUCAUGUUUAAAAAUGUUUCAUUAUCUGAGUUGCAUCAGAGAGCUGUGAAUGAGGCUCUACAGAGUAAAAAUGUACAUCUGGACCUUUUCCUGCAGAUUCUUCUGGGUCUGUCACUAAAGUCUCAUCAGAUUCUCCUACAAGGACUAAUGAAACAGACAAGAAGAAAUAAAAGAAGAAAUAAAAAAACAGUUGAUUUCAUCAAGGAGAAGAUCAGGACCAUUGCAUCUUCAGAGAAAUCCAUCAAUCUGUUCCACUGUCUGAAUGAACUGGGUGAUCAUUCACUAGUGGAGGAAAUACAACAGUAUCUGAGAUCUGGAACAAUAAAUGAAGCCAAACUCUCUUCAUCUCAGUGGUCAGCUGUAGUUUUUGUCUUGCUGACAUCAGAGAAGAAGCAGGAUGUGUUUAAUAUUAAUGAAUUUGUUGGAGGAAACGAUGAAGCUGAAAAGCUGAAGGUUCUUCAGAAGCUGCUGCCUGUGAUUAAAGAAGCCAGAUCAGUUCAGUUGUAUUGUUGUAGUCUCACAGAUGAAGGUUGUGCUGCUCUGGCUUCAGCUCUGAGAUCAAACCCUGAACACCUGAGAGAACUGAAUCUGUCUGAGAAUAAACUAGGAGAUUCAGUGAAUCAGCUCUCUGCUGUACUGGAGGAUCUUCACUGUAAACUGGAGAAACUGUGGUUUAGGGAAAGUGGUCUCACAGGUGAAGAUUGUGCUGCUCUGGCUUCAGCUCUGAGAUCAAACCCCUCACACCUGCGACAACUGGAUCUGUCGGGGAACAAACUAGGAGAUUCAGUGAAUCUGCUUGCUGCUGUACUGGAGGAUCCUCGCUGUAACCUGGAGAACCUGUGGUUGGUUGAUUGUGGUGUCACAGAGGAAGGUUUUACUGCUCUGGCUUCAGCUAUGAUAUCAACCCCCUCACACCUGAGACAACUAAGUUUGUCUGGGAAUAAACUAGGAGAUUCAGUGAAUCUACUCUCUGAUUUACUGGUGAAUCCUGACUGUAAAGUGGAGACACUGGGGUUGAUGAAUUGUGGUCUCACAGAUAAAGGUUUUACUGCUCUGGCUUCAGCGCUGAGAUCAAACCCCUCACACUUGAGAGAACUGAAUCUAUCUGAGAAUAAACUAAGAGAUUCAGUGAAUCUGAUCUCUGCUGUACUGGAGGAUUCUCGCUGUAAACUGGAGAAACUGUGGUUGAAGAAGUGUGAUUUCACAGGUAACGGUUGUGCUGCUCUGGCUUCAGCUCUGAGAUCAAACCCUAAACACCUAAGAUAUCUGAAUCUGUCUGGGAAUAAACUAGGAGAUUUUGGUGUGAAUCAGCUCGCUUCUGGACUGGAGGAUUGUGAAGUGGAGAAACUAGCGUUGAGAUAUUGUGGUCUCACAAAUAAAGGUUGGGAUGCUCUGGCUUCAGCCCUGAAAUCAAAAUCCUCUCACCUGAGACACCUGGAUCUGUCUAAGAAUAUGCUAAGGGAUGAGGGUGUGAAGCUUCUCUGUGCUGCACUUAAGGAUCCUCAGUGUAAACUCGAGAUACUGGAGUUGAGGUACUGUUGCGUCACAGAUGAAUGUUGUGCUCCUCUGGCUUCAGCUCUUGAAUCAAACCCAUCACACCUGAGAGAACUGCAUCUGAAUGGGAAUCAUCUUGGACCUUUAAAAAUGAGGAUUCUCAGUAAUUUCGUGGCUAAUCCCAUUUAUAGACUGGAGAAACUAAACCAUUGACUCUCAGUAUUUAGACGUCAGUCCAGUUUCCUCAGGAUCGGCUGAGGAGCCGCUACAGAGACACACAGUCACACAAUCAACAGAGAGGGCAAAUUCCAAACAGCAUUUUUACACCCUUGAAGGGUGCUUCAUGAAGGGGAUUCCAUUUGUAGGGACAAUGAAAGUGAACACCUGAAUCCCUUCAUGAAGGGCCUUUCCACAUGUCCAUUAGCGAAAGGCAAGAAAAUUAGGUAAUGGACCCUUUCCACAAGACUGUGAUGACGCGUUUCAAUGGAACAGCAAAGCAGGGAAACCCAACACUCCUGAAUGAGAUCUACACAGAGCUCUACAUCACAGAGAGUGAGAGUGGAGAGAUCAGUAAUGAGCACGAGGUGAGACAGAUUGAGACACAAUCCAGGAGAGCAGCAACAGAGGACACACCGAUCAAAUGCAGUGACAUCUUUAGAGCUUUACCUGGACAAGACAAAGCCAUCAGUACUGUGCUGACAAAGGGAGUCGCUGGCAUUGAAAAAACAGUCUCUGUGCAGAAGUUCAUCCUGGACUGGGCUGAAGGGAAAGAGAAUCAGGACGUCCAGCUCAUAUUUCCUCUUCCUUUCAGAGAGCUCAAUCUGAUGAAGGACAAAACACUCUCUUUCAGAUCAUCUUCAGGUCUUUUUCCCUGAAACAAAAGAAAUGGACAUAUCCAGUGACAAAUACAAAGUUUUGUUCAUCUUUGAUGAGUACAAAUGGACAUCUGGACCUUUUCCUGCGGUUUCUUCUACACACCCAUAAAAGACCUGUCAUCACAACAGUCAAUCAUUGGUGCUCUUCUAUAAACCAUGGGUAAAAAGAAGGGGAAAGGCAGAAGUCCUCGAGCAGACAGCAGCGCUGAGACAGCAGAGUCAUUGGAGAUGAGAUUCUGUUUCAGCUGUUCAUCUCUAUCAUGGAUGACACACAAGCAUCUAGAGAUGAAGAUUUUUCUCCACGAUGCAGUUCCUUUCAGCAGAAGAGAUCAGAACCAGAGCCCAGCUGUGUGUCUAUGAAGAGUGACUGCUCUAUGGGGCACCCGG